AUGCGUUUCGCUGCACUCUCCACAGUACUCCUGGCCAUUGCACAGCAUGUGCAGGCCUUGCCAGUUGAGACAGAUGGGACUCCUGCGCUCGAUAUCACCUUGAGUCGUGUCACUGACACUCGCAUCAAGGCUGUCGUAAAGAACUCUGGCAGCGAAGAUGUCACAUUCGUGCAUCUCAACUUUUUCCGUGACGCCGCACCCGUAAAGAAGGUCAAUGUCUUCAAAAACGAUGACGAGGUCACUUUCGAGGGAAUCAAGCGCCGGUUCGCCCUCAAGGGUCUGACCAAGGAAUCUCUCACUUCUCUUGCUGCAGGAGAGACUUUCGAGGAUGAAUUCGACAUUGCCAGUACCAGUGACUUGUCUAGCGGAGGUCCAUUGACUCUUCGUUCGACCGGCCUGGUGCCCCUAGUCACUGAUGGUGCAGUUACUGGCUACUUGCCAUACCGUUCCAAUGAUCUCGAGAUUGAGGUCGAUGGUGUCAAGGCAUCCCGCGUGCUGAAGGCUAUCAAGACGCUCGAUCGUCGUGCUCUUCCAACCUGCAGGGAUUCGAGUAAGAAGGCUGCACUUGACAAGGCUCUCAAGAACACCGUCACGCUCGCAAACGCUGCCGCAAAGGCUGCCCUUUCUGGCUCGUCCUCCAAGUUCAGCGAGUAUUUCAAGACCACCAGCAGCAGCACACGCAAGGUCGUGGCUGAUCGCCUUAAGGCUGUGGCCCAGGAGGCCAGCUCGAACAGCGCCACUAAGUACUACUGCGAAGAUACCUUGGGAUACUGCGAGCCCAAUGUCUUGGCUUACACCCUGCCAUCUCAAGAUAUCAUCGCCAAUUGUGAUAUCUACUACAGCGAGCUCCCGGCAUUGACUAACACUUGCCACAACCAAGAUCAAGCAACGACUACCCUCCACGAGUUCACCCAUGCUCCAGGAGUUUACAGCCCGGGAACCGAAGACUACGGAUAUGGAUACAGCGCUGCAACAGCUCUUUCUAGCGCAGAGGCCGUCUUGAACGCUGACUCUUACGCACUGUAUGCUAAUGCAAUUUCUCUUGGCUGCUAA